UGGUGCCGGGCUUGGUGCCGGGCUCGGGGCCUCCCAUCCACCCUCCGUCGGGGUCGUCUCGGCCGAUCCUCUCCAGGACUUUGCCGUCAGCUCUGCCCUGCGGGACAGUCACUUUGCCGCCAUUGCUACCAGCCGGCAGACACCUUCCCAGCAGUUCAUGGACUGGCACUAGACGUAUACGCUGCGGCGGCUUGUCCUUCCGAGGAGCCGUGCGUGCCUUCAAACGCACCCGGUCGCCGCCGUGCAUGAUCUCUGCCCUUCGUCCUCAAGGCGCAUUAGAGCUGCAAGUCAAAUCAACACACGACUCUUUCCGGCCAGCAACAACGGCAGUAGCAGCAGCACCGACAGGACCCAUCGCCACCAUCGCCACCCCACAUUGAUCGGGCUCGACACCAUGGAUGUCGCAGCAGCAACCUCACCAUAUUUAUCAUCUGCCUAUCACUUCCCCCCCCCAUACACAAGGCCAUUCUCAUUCUCUAUCCUCCAUUGAGCUUCUCCCAGCCGGGACUAGUCGACUUAUCGUCCAAGCGUGCUUGGUGCUCUACGCCUCUCGCGCGCGCUGCCCUGCACGUCCUCUUUCGUCCAGGAGGACAGAGGUUGCACUCUUCUUCUCCAAGGCCCUGCUUUUCUGGUGGCUUUGGGGAAUCCCUUCAUUUCAUCUGUAUUUUUUUUUAUUAUUUCCCCUGUUUAUGCAAUUUUUCACUCCACCCUUGCUCUCUCUCUAUCUAUCUAUCUAUCUCUCUCGCAUCCACUUGCAUUGCCCGUCUUUACCUCUCUGGUCCUCUCAAUUCCAUUUCAUUCACUCCAGCCCACUCUGCUCGUACCUUUUUCUUUCUUUCUUUCAUUCUUUCGUUCUUUCUCCCAGUCAUAUAUAUAUUUGCACAACUGCGUUGGGCCUGUGGUGUCACGACUUUGGCCCUGUCGUUUUCCGUCUCGAGCGUUUCCAUUCCACGGACAUCCGAACCACUUUGUAUUUAUCUCGUUUGCCCCGGGUGUCGUUGCUGUUUCUAUAGGCUUGAUUUGGCUCUCUCCUCUCUCCCCUCCAGUGUCUGUCUUGAGUCGCUGUUGUGCCAACGCUCUUCCUUGUCCUCUUCGCUCAAACUUCCUUGUUGCUGUGAUCGAUUGAUUGACUUGAUAGACUUUAUUGAUUUGAUUUGAUAUGAUUCAUUGGUUAUGACAGAUCCGAUCAAUCGAUCAUUGGGUAUCUCUAUCCGCGAGCGCUACGGGGUUGUUUUGUUUACUGCCGAUUCAAUAGAAAGCAGGACACCCUGGUUUUUGGUCGUUGAUCGAAUGUUUUGUUUCCCGAAUACCAUCGCGCGCUGGCCAUGUCCAUCCGCCAGUGUGUCGGAGGUGAUGUUGAAUCGCAUGUGCCUCCAUUGUUGGUCUGGGUUCGUUGGGCGAAUACAUACGCACAUUCUGGCUUUGUA